AUGAGUGAGCCUUCGACAAGAAGCGCUGAAAUCGUUGAUGUACGACUAGAUGGCGACGAGGGAUAUGGCACGGCGGAGUGCAGCACCCCCAGCUGCAGCGCUGUUGCCGCCGCUGCACCCGUUGUUGCCUCAGCGCCACCCGCGGCCACGGACGCUGGGGACGGCCCCGGCCCCUCAUCCUUCCACCUCCUGGGACAAACCGUCCACGUCGCCGGACUGGGGAAGGCGCGCGUGCUGUCGGGCCCGAUCGACGCUGCGGGGCGCGAGUUUCAGGGGCACUGCCUGGUGGAGGUGUUGGGGGACGACGGCCGGCCGACAGGGCGCACGCGCCACGUCUACCCCCGGCAAAUGCGGCAGCUUCGCAAG